AUGUCUCUACUCUCUUCAUUCUUGAGCUCGAAUCUACCCUCGGAGGCUGCAGUGGCACAGCAGAAAGCCUAUGUGACGUACAACUUCAGCCGCAUAGAUGCCUCCGUUACUUUGCUUGAGUCUCGCUCCGUGAUCUCGUCCUCUGGUACCACUGGUCUACGGACAUGGGAGGCGGCUCUGCACCUUGGAAGCUAUCUUGCCUCAAGCCGUGAAAUAGUUGCUGGCAAGAACGUGCUCGAGCUAGGCGCUGGUACCGGCAUUCUUUCCGUACUAUGCGCAAAAGGCCUGGGUGUCAACCGCAGCAUGGCAACUGAUGGCGAUGAAGGAGUGGUCGACGCGCUCAAGUCAAACAUAUUCCUCAACGGCCUCGAGGGAAGCCGUAAGAUCGAAGCGAGUGUAUUGCGGUGGGGCAGAACCAUCAGGACAACAGCGUUUGAGGAGGACUUCGAUGAUGACCCUUAUGAUAUCGUACUGGGCGCGGACAUUACGUACGACAAGACCGUCGUGCCAUGGCUUGCAUCAACACUACGAGAGCUGUUCGACCUAAGACCAUUCCUGGAAGUCUUCAUAUCGGCAACCAUCCGCAACAAGGACACGUUCAACGCCUUUGUACGAGCAUGCGGUAAGCACGAUGACUCCCGUAGUCCGUCAGCAUUCCGGCUACCGAUAUCCCCGGCUGAACUUGACCGCAAAUUCGAAAUCAUCGAGCCGCUAACCACAACCGCAGGACGCAAUCACCUGGACGUUACAGACGUUGAGUUCGAGCCGGUCCCAAUUCAUAGGCAGAACGGACCUUUCUAUCCAGUGGAAACGCCAAUUCGCAUAGUGCACAUUACCUCGAAAGGCUCUUAUGAUUCUUUUGCGGUUUAG